ACAAACUGUGAAAAAAAGUGGCGACUACAGUAGUUUCACCUGUUGUAGUGCGUUAUUACCGACCGCAGCUAAUAACACGUAUUACUAGGUUUAUCCUGCACGGCAUUUAAAAACUUUUAACUUUUUUCUAGGUUUUAUUACUGGUUUCAAUGUGUGUUGUGUUUGCUGUGGCUCAAGAAAUUGUCAUACCUGUUGGGAUUAAUGGCAACGACACUGUCACAUUUAUUAGAAACAGAGAAGCAUUUGGCAAUUACGAUGAAGGAUAUAACGAAAACCAGUUAACGGGUGGUGCCUCUUUUUACAGAGAGAAAGGUUACGCAAACGGAACCGGUUCCUAUGGGUACACAACCAGAAAUGGCCUCAUAAGAAUUGUGACAUACAUUGCCGAUAAGGAUGGUUACAGAGUCUUGACCAACGAACCUGGAGUAGGGAUUCAACAAUCUUCUAAUCACAAAAGAAACGGAACCAUCUGCACUGACUCCCGGUUCAUCUGGUUCGAAUAAUGAAUUUGCAUAUAUGGUGGCAGCGAGUGAUGUAGUAAGAAAUUAUGUCGUUUUGCCCAAUAUUCACAGAUUCUCAACUCGUUGAAUAUGUUUGAAAACAGCUGUUAAAUAUUUGAUAAAAAAUGACAAUAAUAAAGAACUUGAAUAAAAUCCUAUUCAGGCGAA